AUGAAGCUCUCACUGACGCUCCUCAGCUCGCUGCUGUGCGCUUCUACGGCUUUGGCCGGUAGCUCUCCUCACAAGCGCAAUGUCUUCAACAAAGCCAGGCCAACGAUCGAGAAGCGUCUGGCGAGGCAACCUUUCCAGCAUCCAGAGCUUCAGAAGCGGGCGUCUCGCUUCCUGACCGACAAGACCGAGGCAUUCGCCGUUAAUGGCAGCGGUAUCCCUGAAGUUCCGUUUGAUGUCGGCGAGUCGUACGCAGGAUUACUGCCCAUUUCGGACGACCCUGAUGAGACUCGCAAGCUUUUCUUUUGGUUCUUUCCGUCAACCCUAUCUGAGACUCCCGAGGAGGUCGUUAUCUGGCUCAACGGUGGCCCCGGUUGCAGCUCCUUGAGCGGUCUCCUCACGGAAAAUGGCCCCUUCACCUGGAUGUCAGGAACCGCUGCGCCUGUCCAGAAUCCAUACAGCUGGACAAACUUGACGAACAUGAUCUGGGUCGAGCAGCCCGUUGGAGUUGGCUAUUCUCAAGGGACUCCGAACAUCACCGACGAAGUCGAGUUGGCAACCGAAUUCCGGGGCUUCUGGAAACAGUUUAUAUCCACAUUCGAGAUGCAAAAUUGGAAGACGUAUGUGACUGGCGAAUCGUACGCAGGGUACUACGUUCCGUAUAUCGCGGACGGCUUUAUCCAGGCGAACGAUACCGAAUACUUCAAUCUUGCUGGUAUCUCCAUCAACGACCCCAUCAUUGGCGAUGAGACCAUGCAGCAGCAAGUCGUCAUUCUCCCUUUCGUCGAGUACUGGCAAGCGCUCACUUUCCUGAACGACACCUUCAUGGAGCAGAUGCGCCAGCGUCAACAAGAGUGCGGCUACGCCGACUACUGGGACACAUACUUCCAAUUCCCUCCUCCCGCAGGUCCCUUCCCAGUACUUCCCGAUCCGUACUACCAGCCGAAUUAUACCUGCGACAUGUUCGACAACUUCUACAGCGGUCUUCUCGAGGUGAACCCCUGCUUCAACAUCUACCACAUCACCGAAACAUGCCCGCACCCCUUCUCCCAGCUCGGCAUAAUCAACACAGGCGACUACCAGCCGCCCGGCGCCCAGGUCUACUUCAACCGCACCGACGUGCAGGAAGCGCUCCACGCCGUCGUGGGCACCAACUGGAUGCAGUGCACCGACAUCAACGUGUUCGGCAACGGCAACGCCUCGAGCGACGCCGGCGACACGUCGCCGGGCCCCGCGCGCGACGGCUCCCUCCAGCGCGUCAUAGAGCACACGAACAACACCAUCAUCGGCUCCGGCGACCUGGACAUGAUCCUCACCACCAACGGCACCCUGUUCGCCAUCCAGAACAUGACCUGGAACGGCGUGCAAGGCUUCCAGACGUAUCCCAAUAAGACAGCUUACACGCCGUACCACCCCGAGUAUAACGGCGGCGCGCUGGCCGGCGCGGGUGUGUCGGGCGUCUGGCACUCUGAGCGCGGGCUCAUGUUCUACACCGCGCAUCUGGCCGGCCACGAGCUCCCUGGAUACACGGCGGGGACUGCGUACCGCAUGCUGGAGAUUCUGCUCGGCCGCGUGAAGGACUUUAGUAGCACGGAGGCAUUUACGACGCAGUCGGGGAACUUUACGGGGAAUGGGACGAUCUAUCGGAGAGGCGAAUGA